GUGGUGUUUACCUGCAGAAGUCGGUGUUCACGGAGUCUCGUUGGUAAACCGAGCUGGUCGGAGCUGAAAACAAACAAACAAACAAACAAACAAACGUGUCUUACAGUUUGUGUCGCUGGUGCCGACGUUAAACAUGUCUACUGUGGAAGUUCGGGCUGCGCAGCCCUCAGCCGCAGAGAACCCGGUGAAGAUGGGUAAAAACACCGCAGGUCUGAGGAGAGUUGCUCUCAGAGAGGUGACCAACUUUACUGCAGCAGCGGUCAACACCAAGAGGACUGGAGCAGCCAAAGCCUCUGCUGCGGUGCAGCCAGUGGUCCUGGCACCUGCAGAGCCGCUCCCCACAGUGUCCGAGGCGUCAGCCGACGUGUCCAUGAAGGAGGAGGACGAGCUGUGCCAGGCGUUCUCUGAGGCGCUGCUCACCGUGCAGGAUGUGGACGAGGAGGACUCGGACCUGCCGCAGCUCUGCUCUCAAUACGUCAAAGAUAUCUACAAUUAUUUACACGUCCUGGAGGUGCAGCAGGCUGUGCGACCUAACUACAUGCAGGGUUAUGAGAUCACAGGACGCAUGCGGGCCCUGCUGGUGAACUGGCUGGUCCAGGUUCACUCCAGGUUCCAGCUGCUGCAGGAGACUCUGUACCUCACUGUGGCCGUCCUGGAUCGUUUCCUGCAGGUCCAACAAGUCUCUCGCAGGAAGCUGCAGCUAGUCGGCGUCACAGCCAUGCUGGUGGCGUGUAAAUACGAGGAGAUGUACGCCCCGGAGGUUGGAGACUUCGCCUACAUCACGGACAACGCCUUCACAAAGUCUCAGAUUCUGGAGAUGGAGCAGCUGGUUCUCAAGAAGCUCAAGUUUGAGCUGGGACGUCCUCUUCCACUGCACUUCCUCAGACGGGCCUCCAAGGUGGCUGAGUCUGACGUAGAGCGACACACGCUGGCCAAGUACCUGAUGGAGCUGACCCUCCUUGACUACGACAUGGUUCACUAUCGACCCUCUGAGAUCGCCGCAGCGUCGCUGUGUCUCUCCCAGCUACUGCUGGAAGGGCUGCCCUGGUCUCCCACACAGCAGCACUAUUCCACAUACGACGCGGCCCACCUGAGGCCGAUCAUGCAGCACCUCGCCAAAAAUGUUGUGAUGGUGAACGAGGGGAAGUCGAAAUUCCAGGCGGUGAAGACCAAGUACUCCAGCAGUAAGGUGAUGAAGAUCAGCCUCGUCCCUCAGCUGAAGUCGUCAAUCAUUAAGACGAUGUCGUCCUCUCUGACGGACAACCCCUGAGGACAACUUUGACUUUUUACAAGUGGACAUUUGACAUGCACUUUAUUUUUAGCUGGAUCACAAUCUGUGGAGAAACUCUGUUUUAAUAAAAUGUUUUUAUAAUUUUUCAUCAAA